CUGACAUUUGGAAGCUUGUUGCUCGUUUUUCAAACAACGACGGAAAAAAUUGGAUGAAAGAUGCCAAUUUCUGGUUUGACAGAACCUCACCUUACGGAGGUACAAGGGAUCCUUCCUUGAACCAGGACAUGAUAUCCGAAGCUUUUUGGUUUUCACUCGCGAAUAACAUAAAAAUUACCAGAAGUGAUGAUUCAACACAUACAGCUCUGUUAGAAACAACCAACAAUUGUCUGAAUGGGAAAACAUUUCGUCAGUUUAUUACUUCUUUUGGAAACUUUCGUAAUGGAGCUGUUUGGUCGAACGAAAAAUGUCUGGGUAGUUGUGCGAUCAAAUAUGGCGGGUUAUAUCAGAGCACGACUGGAUUUGGGAUGCAUAGUUGCAGCAGUGAUAUUCAAAGUAGUAACAAUAUCGGGUUUUGGUGUGAUUGGACUGAUGGUGAUGCUGCAGUGAUGAUGAUUGGUGGAGGUGGAAGUGGUUGCGGUAGAGCAGAUCAUGGGAUUGGAAUAACAGAAGCUGAUUCGGCAAUUUUUGGUGGUAGCAUAACUUACGCGGACUUUGGCUAUGAGACAAAAGUAGGCGUCCAGUAUGUCGAAAGCGACCUUCAAAAAUCGUACGCUUUAAAUUUGUGGGUCCGUUAA